GUAGCCGAGCAAAGUCAUUAAAGUUUAGGUUCAUUAAGAAAAGAAAAGAAAAAUCACUUCUUUCAGUUUCUUUCUUUGGAAACUCGGCUUCUUUAAGCUGUUACCAAUAAUGGAGUUCCGGAUAUCCUUAUUCCAGCUCCUCAUCAGCUUCCUCCUGGUUUUGUUUAUGGUAAUCACAAGUGUAAGGAAAUCAAAAGCUAAGAAUUUAACUCAAAAGUUGAUUCCAGGGCCAUGGAAAUUACCAUUGAUAGGAAAUCUGCACCAGCUCGCCGCUUCUGGUCUACCCCAUCGCACCUUACGUGACUUGGCUACGAAACAUGGUGACUUCAUGCAUCUGCAACUCGGUCAAGUUUCCACCGUGGUCGUUUCUUCUCCAGAAAUGGCUAAAGAGAUUAUGAAAACACAUGAUAUCGUCUUUGCUAAUAGGCCUUUUCUCGUUGUGGCCAAGAUAACAACUUAUGAGUGCACUGAUAUUGUCUUUGCACCAUAUGGAACCUAUUGGAGAAAUCUGAGGAAAAUUUGCACAUCGGAGCUUCUGAGUGCAGCUCGGGUCGCUUCCUUCCGAUCCAUAAGAGAAGAGGAAGUGUUGAAUCUUGUCGAAACCAUAAAAUCAAAUGAAGGGUUGGCUGUGAAUCUGACCGAGAAAGUUUUUUCAAUGAGUUAUGCAAUAACAGCGAGGGCAGCCUUUGGCAAGAAAUGCAAAGACCAAGAAGCUUUCAUAUCAGUUGUUGCUGAGGAAAGCAAGGUUAACUCGGGUUUUUUUGUUUCCGAAUUUUUUCCUUCACUUAAAUUCUUGGAUGUUGUUUCUGGUCUAAAGCAUAGAGUUGAAAAGAUUCAUGGAGAAACUGACAGGAUAGUUGGGAACAUAGUUAAUGAUCACAAAGAAAGUAGAGCAAAAGGCAGAAGUGAAGAUGAAUACCGGGAAGAUUUGGUUGAUCUUCUUUUAAGGCUUCAGGAGGAUGGCGAAUUUCCCUUAACUGACAACAACAUCAAAGCUAUCCUCUUUGACGUUUUCAGUGCCGGAAGUGAGACAUCAGCAACAGCCGUAGAAUGGGCAAUGUCGGAAAUGAUUAAAAACCCAAGAGUUAUGACAAAAGCACAAGCAGAGGUAAGGCAAGUGUUUGAAGGCAAAGGAAAUGUGGAUGAAACAGGCGUUCAUCAACUUAAAUAUCUCAAGUGUGUUAUAAAAGAAACCUUAAGACUGCACCCUGUUGUACCUUUAUUGAUUCCAAGAGAAAGUAGCAAGAAUUGUGUGGUUAAUGGAUUUGAAAUACCUGCAAAGACCAGAGUCAUUGUGAAUGCAUGGGCAAUCGGGAGAGAUCCGAAUUAUUGGGUUGAGCCUGAAAAGUUUGAGCCUGAAAGGUUUGUAAACAGUUCAGUAGAUUUCAUGGGGACAAAUUUCGAGUUCAUCCCAUUUGGGGCAGGAAGGAGGAUAUGUCCAGGCAUAUUAUUCGCACAGCCAAAUGUAGAGCUGCCACUUGCCCAACUGUUGUUCCAUUUUGAUUGGAAAUUGCCGGGGGGAAUGAAGCAAGAAGAUUUGGACAUGACUGAGAAGUUCGGUGUAUCUAUGAAGAGGGAAAAUGAUCUUGUCCUAGUUCCGAGUCCUUACCAUGCUUCCAUUACAAUUGCCUAGAAGCACACCUUUAUGCUGCAUUAUUCUAUGAGCUUGCAAUAUGUAUUUGUAUAUUUGUGUGGUGUUUGUAACUCUUUUUAUGUUCACAUUGUGUCAUGUGUAUAUUUUUCUCUAAGAGCUGGAUGUGAUUUGGGACUUUGUUUUCUGCAUCGUUGAACAAUUUGAUGAUUUCAAUGUUAUUGAUUUCAA